UGUGUUGUCCUCAGGAACCGGGAAGAUCUCACUGUCUUUUUCUCUUUCCUGAAGGACUCAGGCCAGGCCAUCCCGCUCGUGGUGGAAAGCUGCAUUCGCUACAUCAAUUUGUACGGCCUUCAGCAACAGGGUAUUUUUAGAGUUCCUGGCUCCCAGGUGGAAGUCAAUGACAUCAAGAACUCGUUUGAGAGAGGUGAAGAUCCCCUUGCUGAUGAUCAAAACGAACGUGACAUUAACUCAGUGGCCGGAGUCUUGAAGCUCUAUUUUCGAGGACUGGAAAACCCACUCGUUCCUAAGGAAAGGUUUCAAGAUUUGGUAUCUACUAUAAAAAUCGAGAGCCCCCUGGAGAGAGUGCACCAGAUCCAGCAAAUCAUCGUCACGCUGCCCCGCGCCGUCAUCGUGGUCAUGAGAUACCUCUUUGCUUUCCUCAACCACUUGUCGCAGUACAGCGACGAGAACAUGAUGGAUCCCUACAACCUGGCCAUCUGCUUCGGCCCCACACUGAUGCACAUCCCUGACGGACAGGACCCCGUGUCCUGCCAGGCGCACGUCAACGAGGUCAUCAAAACCAUCAUCGUCCACCACGAGGGCAUCUUCCCCAGCCACAGGGAGCUGGAAGGACCCGUCUACGAGAAGUGCAUGACGGGCGGCGAGGAGUACUGCGACAGCCCGCACAGCGAGCCGGGCACCAUCGACGAGGUGGACCACGACAACGGCACGGAGCCGCACACCAGCAAGGAAAAAAACGAAGUGGAGCAGAUCGAGGCCAUCGCCAAGUUUGACUACGCCGGGCGCUCCCCGCGGGAGCUCUCCUUCAAGAAAGGGGCCUCGCUGCUCCUCUACCACCGGGCGUCGGAGGACUGGUGGGAAGGGAGACACAACGGCGUGGACGGCCUCAUCCCGCACCAGUACAUCGUGGUGCAGGACAUGGACGACGCGUUCUCCGACAGCCUCAGUCAGAAGGCGGACAGCGAGGCGAGCAGCGGGCCGCUGCUGGACGACAAAGCCUCCUCCAAGAACGACAUCCAGUCCCCGACGGAUCAUAUCCCAGACUACGGAUUUGGGGGCGUGAUGGGCCGAGUGAGAUUGAGGUCUGACGGCGCAGCUAUCCCUCGCCGUCGGAGCGGGGGGGACACGCACAGCCCGCCCCGAGGGCUGGCCCCGGGCAUGGACACUCCUCCGCGAGCGGCCGCCUGUCCUAGCAGCCCCCACAAAAUGCCACUUAACAGAGGCAGGAUUGAGAGCCCCGAAAAGCGCAGGAUGGCGACAUUCGGCAGUGCAGGCAGCAUCAAUUACCCAGACAGGAAGGCCUUGGCUGAUGGCCACCCGCUGAGAUCGACCUGUGGAUCGACUAGACACAGUAGUCUUGGAGAUCAGAAAUCCCUAGAAGCAGAAGCGCUUGCUGAGGACAUCGAGAAGACCAUGAGCACGGCGCUGAACGAGCUGCGCGAGCUGGAGCGGCAGAACACGGCCAAGCAGGCGCCCGACGUGGUGCUGGACACGCUGGAGCCCAUGAAGACGCCCAGCAGCUCCAGCUCCGGCGUGGGCAGCCCCGCCGUCACCCCCACCGAGAAGCUCUUCCCCGGCGCCGCCGACAAGUCGGGCACCAUGUAG